GGAAUACCCAUUACAAGAAGCCCAAAACACACACACGAACUUGUUCAACUCUUUCACUUUAAAACACUUAAAAAUUGUGCGCUACGAAAUUUCAAAUCUUGAAAACACAUAAAACAGUUUAUUAUACACACAGCCUGCCUAUACAUAUCACAAGAAGCACCCUUUUUACCCGCCACCAUGUCGAAUCCUCCGACGAGCGGCGCCGGCGCCGGAAACACCGCAACCCCACGUGUCUACUCGGCCAAUCAAGCGGUGGGUAAAAGCCCAAUUCACCAUUUUACUAGUUAUAGACAACCACAGCAGCAACAACAGCCGGUGGUGGCCCACCAUAAUUACCCGAAUAUAGCACCGAGGGUCCCACCACCACAGGGGAUGAUGUACCCUCUUGGAUCUUCCGGUGGCCGGGGAUUUAUGCCGAGAUUGCCCUAUGGAAAUCCGGGAAGAGUGCCGUAUGGGAUGCAUAUAAUUAGGCCUACCCCUAUGCAGCAGCAGCAGCAACAGCAACAUAGUAAUAUCAACAAUAAUAAUCAUAAUCACAAUCUUGGUGUUGGUGCUGGUGUUGUUAGAGGGAUUCCGGUUGUUUCUCACCCAAAGGUUUCUGCUUCGCCAUCUUCAAUCCCUGAUCGUAAUGGUUACAAAGAUCCAAGCAGGGACAUAACUAGGGAUGAUAGUCUUGCGACAGUUAGAGAUCGAAAGGUUAAAAUAACUGAUGGUGCGUCUCUUUAUGCCCAAUGCAGAUCGUGGCUGAGAAAUGGUCUUCCUGAAGAAAGCCAGCCACAAUAUAUGGAUGGUGUGAAAUCUCUUCCCAGACCUUUGCCUAUCCCUGUUGGAGACGCUCAAAAUUCCAAAAAAGAGGAUAGUGAAACGGAAGAGGAGGAUAAGAGAGAUGUGGAACAAUUAACUUCAAAAGAGCUGCUCCAAACGCACAUAAAGCGAGCCAAAAGAGUUCGAGCCAGAUUAAGAGAGGAAAGACUUCAAAGAAUCGCAAGAUACAAAGCCAGGCUUGCACUGCUCCUUCCCCCCAUUGUUGAACAACAAAUCAAAAAUGAUACGGCCACUGGAAACUGACUCAGCGCACAUGCAACGGCCUUGACACAAGAUAUUCACUCUGCAUACCAGGAUCAUGUUUCAUCAAACAUUUGUACGAGUUCAUUUAAACAUCAAAAGUUGAAGUUCAUGGAAUUUCUGGUGUGAAUAUCUCUAGGGCUCAUAGUAGUAAACUUCCAGAGUUGUACUCUUCGAAUGUAAUAAAGUUAUAAAGUUAGGAUUGGAAGCUUUUUCGUCAGGGUUUAUUCCUCUCGAAAUCGUGGUGAUUUGUGUAAGUUUAGUUUAUUGUAUGGGAAUUGAGAUCAUAUAGUAGUUUACAUCUAGUUGACUAUCAUUAUAGAAGAUCAACAAUGAAAGAUGCUGUUCUAGAAUGCGAAUGUGAUAGAGUUGAGAAAUUAAGGAUGUGAAUUGUCUGUA